AUGUCAACAUAUAGACUUCAUUAUUUCAAUGGUCGUGGUCGAGCUGAAGUAUCACGUUUAAUCUUUGCUGCUGUCGGUCAAAAGUUUGAAGAUAUUCGUUAUGAACAAAAUGAAUGGCCAUCAUAUAAAAAUCAAAUGCCUUUAGGCCAAAUGCCUGUCCUCGAAUUUGAAGGUGUUAAAUUACCACAAUCAUUGAGCAUUGCUCGUUUUCUUGCUAAACAAUUUCAAUUAGCUGGUCGAAAUAAUUUUGAACAAGCUAAGGUCGAUGCUGUUGUUGAUACAAUUACUGAGGUUGCAUCAAAAUUGGCAGUACUUUCUCGUGAAAAAGAUGAAGCAAAAAAACAAGAUGGUAUGCGAAAACUUUUUACAGAAGAUAUACCGAAAAAUUUUCAAAGUCUUGAACUCUUGGGUAAAGAUUAUGGUAAUGGUGGUCCAUUUUUCGUUGGUAACCAUUUAACAUGGUCAGAUUUAUAUUUUUAUGAUGCAGCAGAAAAUAUUCUUCGUAUCGAUGGAAAUGUUUUAAAUAGAUAUCCAUGGUUACAACAAAAUCGUUACGAAGUUGAAAGACAACCAAAAAUUUCAGCUUAUCUCAAGAGUCGACCACAAACAUUUUUUUAA